UCACUCCGUGGGCCGUCGUCGUCAAGCCCAGCCCAUUCGUCAACGGAAAAAAUAAAAAAGAAAAGAACCAAAACAAUUAAUCCACCUUCACCAACCCACACGCGUCGCCGCCGCCUCAUCCACAGCCAUGGCGACCUCCCCCUCCGCCGCCACCGCCACCGCCUCGCUCCGGCUCCCCCUCUCCGCGCGCGCCUCCUUCCCCUCCUCCUCCUCCUCCCCCAGCAGCAGCCGACUCCGCUUCCCGCUCCGCCGCCGCCCCGCGCGACGGGGCCUAGCCGCCUCCGCCUUCACGAAGCUCUCCGAGGCGUCCCCCGUCCCCAUCCCUCCGGAGCCCGCGCAGCCGUUGCCCGACGAGGGGGCGCUGCCGCCCAAGCCCGGGGUCUACGGGGUGUACGACCCCGCCGGCGAGCUGCAGUUCGUCGGGAUAUCGCGCAACGUCAGGGCCAGCGUCGAGGGGCACCGCAGGAAGGUGCCUGCCGACCUGUGCGGCUCCGUUAAGGUUGCCAUAUCAGAUGAGGAGGCACCAGAUCGAACUGUCCUGACUAAUGCCUGGAAGUCAUGGUUGGAAGAACACAUAACAGCCACGGGAAAGGCACCACCAGGAAAUGUUGCUGGAAAUUACACCUGGGUUGGACCUCCACAGAGGCCUCCAGACUUGCGAUUGACACCUGGUCGCCAUGUUCAGCUAACUGUGCCACUAGAACAGUUGAUUGAUCGGUUAGUGAAGGAUAACAAAGUGGUUGCGUUCAUCAAAGGAUCAAGGAGUGCACCCCAGUGUGGGUUCUCGCAAAGGGUUGUAGGGAUCUUGGAAUCACAUGGAGUGGAUUUUGUGACCGUUGAUGUUCUUGAUGAGGAGCACAACCAUGGGUUGCGAGAGUCCCUGAAGACAUACAGCAACUGGCCAACUUUCCCACAGGUCUUUGUUGGAGGGGAGCUUGUGGGUGGAUGUGAUAUUAUUUCAUCCAUGGCUGAGAAGGGGGAACUUGCUGCUCUUUUUCAGAAAUAGCAGCAACUCUGGAGCUUCAGGAAUGUCUUGAACUACUGUUACCUGAUGCAAAUCAUACAUGCUGCAGUGAUGCUUGCUUAUUGCAAGGCACACUGGUGUGGCUCAGUAAUACAUGUACGUACAUUUCUUUGAUUCUGACGAGCAAGUGCUAUACUGUAGAGCGUAUGGUUGCUUUGGUAGGAUUUGCAAGGGCAGAGAGCUGUCAGUAUCUUUGUUGUAUUUCAGAUUUUGUAACUGAAAAACUGUAGCGUCAUGAGAAAGCGUGUGUUGCAUAAUCCACGGCGGUUCAAUGCCGAAUCUGUGCAGAUUACUUGAGUGCUUUCAGGCAGAUCAUCAUCAUCAUCUACUGAAUUAGUCCUAUCACAUUAUAAACUCAUAAAAGUGUCAUUAUGGACUUGUUAAACCUCGGGGAAUUUCGUAUCUCCACACAGCGGAAACCAACUGAUGACAUGAUGGUCUUACCCAGUAAUAAUUCCUUGAUCUUC